AGCUGGAGGAGAUAAACAGAAAGAGGAGGGAAGGGGGUGCGUGUGUGAGAGCGCGCGCGAGUGUGAGUGUGCGAGUGUGUGUGCGAGUGUGGGGUGCGCAAGGCCGGGCGGAGGCGCUCGCUGUCCGGCCGCGAUCAGGCGCCGGCUGGGGCUGAGGAGGAGCAUGGGAAGGGGCUAGUAGAGCUGCCCGGGCCCCCUUCCCGGGAUCCGCGGGCCCCCCACUCCCCGGAGCGGGGCUGGGCCUCCCCCCCUGGACGGACAUGGGUUCCUGAAGUUGCGCCGCCGCCGGUCCCGAGAAGAGGCCUGACAGGUAAUUAAAUGUGUGUCUUGUGGACCUGGGCUUGGUUGGAAUGCUCAAGGUUCCUGAAGCUCCUUCUAUAGCUUACUUCUGUGGACCUCAUUAAAAGAAGAUGGCAAAAGUCAACAUAACUCGAGACCUCAUCCAUAGGCAGAUCAAGGAGCAGGGUGCCCUGAGCUUUGAACGGCGCUACCAUGUCACUGACCCUUUUAUCCGGCGGCUGGGCCUAGAAGCAGAGCUGCAGGGUCACUCAGGAUGUGUCAACUGUCUGGAGUGGAAUGAAAAAGGAGACUUGCUGGCUUCUGGCUCCGAUGACCAGCACACAAUUGUGUGGGACCCACUGCACCAUAAGAAGCUGCUCUCUAUGCACACGGGUCACACUGCAAAUAUCUUCUCUGUUAAGUUCCUGCCUCAUGCUGGGGACCGAAUCUUGAUCACGGGAGCAGCUGACUCCAAGGUGCAUGUCCAUGAUCUGACAGUAAAGGAGACCAUCCACAUGUUUGGAGACCACACAAACCGAGUGAAGCGCAUUGCCACGGCGCCCAUGUGGCCUAAUACAUUCUGGAGUGCUGCUGAGGAUGGGCUUAUCCGCCAGUAUGACCUUCGGGAGAACAGCAAACACUCAGAGGUGCUGAUUGACCUGACGGAGUACUGUGGCCAGUUGGUGGAAGCCAAGUGUCUCACUGUCAACCCCCAAGACAACAACUGCCUAGCAGUGGGGGCCAGUGGGCCCUUCGUGAGGCUGUACGACAUUCGUAUGAUCCACAACCACAGAAAGAGCAUGAAGCAGAGUCCUUCAGCAGGUGUACACACCUUCUGUGACCGACAGAAGCCCCUUCCGGAUGGUGCAGCCCAGUAUUAUGUAGCAGGACACUUGCCAGUGAAGAUGCCUGACUACAACAACCGUCUGAGGGUGCUGGUUGCCACCUAUGUGACCUUCAGCCCCAACGGCACAGAGCUGCUGGUCAACAUGGGUGGAGAGCAGGUCUAUUUGUUUGACCUGACUUACAAGCAGCGGCCGUAUACCUUCCUCUUGCCUAGAAAAUGCCAUUCCUCAGGGGAAGUUCAGAAUGGCAAGAUGACCACCAAUGGUGUAUCCAAUGGCGUUUCGAAUGGCCUACACCUCCACAGCAAUGGUUUUCGACUGCCGGAGACUAGGGGGCAUGUCAGCCCCCAGAUAGAACUGCCCCCAUACCUGGAGCGUGUGAAACAGCAGGCCAAUGAGGCUUUUGCCUGCCAGCAGUGGACCCAGGCCAUUCAGCUUUACAGUAAAGCUGUGCAGAAGGCCCCUCACAACGCCAUGCUCUAUGGAAACCGAGCAGCUGCCUACAUGAAACGCAAGUGGGAUGGUGACCACUACGAUGCUCUGAGAGACUGCCUCAAGGCCAUCUCCUUAAAUCCAUGCCACCUGAAGGCACACUUCCGCCUGGCCCGCUGCCUUUUUGAGCUCAAGUAUGUUGCUGAGGCUCUGGAGUGUCUGGAUGACUUCAAAGGGAAGUUCCCAGAGCAGGCCCACAGCAGCGCUUGUGAUGCCUUGGGCCGUGACAUCACCGCUGCCCUCUUCUCCAAAAAUGAUGGUGAGGAGAAGAAGGGAGCUGGUGGAGGCCCAGUCCGCCUGCGCAGCACGAGCCGCAAGGACUCCAUCUCAGAGGAUGAGAUGGUGCUGCGGGAGCGAAGCUAUGACUAUCAGUUCCGCUACUGUGGCCACUGCAACACCACCACGGAUAUCAAGGAAGCCAAUUUCUUUGGCAGCAAUGCUCAGUACAUCGUCAGUGGCUCUGAUGAUGGCUCCUUCUUCAUUUGGGAAAAGGAAACCACCAACCUAGUCCGUGUGCUCCAAGGGGAUGAGUCCAUUGUUAACUGCCUGCAGCCACAUCCCAGCUACUGUUUCCUGGCCACCAGUGGCAUCGAUCCUGUUGUGCGGCUCUGGAACCCCCGGCCAGAGAGUGAAGACCUCACGGGCCGAGUUGUGGAGGACAUGGAGGGGGCUUCCCAGGCCAACCAGCGGCGCAUGAACGCAGACCCCCUGGAGGUGAUGCUGCUCAACAUGGGCUACCAGAUUGCAGGCCUGAGCAGCGCGGGUGGCGCUGGGGCCUCUGACGACGAGGACAGCUCUGAGGGCCAGGUUCAGUGCCGGCCCAGCUAGACCCUCCUAGCCCUGCUACUGACUGGACCCUUCGCCCAGGGCAGGAAGUCAGGGGGUUCUGUUUGAUUUGUCUUCCGCCCCCCACCUUUUUUUUUUUUUUUUUUCAUUUCCCCCAUUUUGUUAUUUUUGCAUUGGGGGUGGGAGGUUGCAACAACUUGCUGGCUUUCCGAUUCUGGGUGGUCUUCCCCUUCACUGGCCUGUGUCCUGAGAGCGGGGUGGGAAGCCCCUCAUUUCUCCCCCUCCCACUUCCAUGACCCAGAAAGCCAGGCCUGAAACUGUCUUCAAGGACCACCUGCCCCUUCAGCCAGCAGCAGGAAAAAGAAUGAACCCUCCCUCAUCAGUAAGGGCUUAGACUUCCUGCCACACAGGCUCCCCAGCAGGCAAGGCUAACUGUCCUUGGUAUUCAGGGAAGGUUCUGGAAAAGGACUGGGUCCUGCCUUCCCUGAAGCCACUGUGACAAUAGGAGCAGAGAAAGGUGGGGAGCCCCAGAAUAGGUAGGGCAGGCCACCCAUUGCCCUGGCCACCUCUGGGGGGCUCUGCCUGGGACCCUGGAAGAGGGUGAGGCCCCGCACCCUACCCCACCCACCUCCAUGCCAGUCCAUCAGCACUACAGCCACUCUCCUCUCUGGGGCGCUCCUCGGCCUCACUGUGACCUUUCUGCCAGAGCGCCCAGCUGGGCCUGUUCUCACUGAGUUGGGGCUUCCUGCUAAGGCCUUCCACCCUCCCUCCAGCCCCACAUGCUGAGCCGCCACAAAGACCAAAGAAGUGAUGGCUUUUCUCUGUCCCCUGCUGCUCUGGGGGAGAGGGGGUCCCCAGAAGCACUCUGCUGGGAAGUCCCUAGCUGGGCCCCCUCCCCCUCAGCAGCCUGAGCUUUACACUGGAUGCAGCAGUGGGUCACCCCACUACUCACCAAACCCCCACCGUCCCCUUGGCUCUCAGCUAGGAGCCUCAUGGUCGUGGGUUCAUCCGUCCUCCCCUCUCCCUCCUUCUCCCCCUCAGUGCUUAUUUGGCUUCAGCUCUCCAGCUGCAGCCUCUGGGGAUAAGCAGGCCCCCCUCCUCCCGCCUCACCUCCCCCCUCUUCCCUCCACCCCUGUCUCUGCCAGGUGCCUCCUCUCAGUCAGGCUUCAGAGCAGCCCUGGAGACAGGAGGACCAUGUUAAAAGCUUUUUCACAGUUUUAAGAAGACUUGCGGGGGGUGAGGAGAGUGGUAGGGGGUUCUGGCACCAUCUCAUUUCUGCUUUAAUCCAGGCAACACAGGUGGCAGCUUCUCCCUGUCCCUCUCCACCCCAUCCUCUCUGCCCCUCUCUCUUCCAGCUUGGUAAUGAAGUAUAUUUAUUGGGGAAGGAAACAGCUGCUGCUGCUUCUCCUGCUGUUGGGUCUAGCUCCCCUGUCUCUUCUCCAUGACCUUUCUCUAGCCAGGGAGGGGAGAGUGGGGCUGGGACCUGGGGCUCAUGGGCCAGUAGAGCCUCUUCACUUUCCUGUGUUGGAGCCACCUGCCAUUUCCCCUCUCCCUGCCUCCUGCCCCUGCCUGCCCAGCCUGGGCCCUGCAGUGUGGAGAGACACAUAAGCCUUACUGUCCUCUGGGGGCAGGAGCUGAGCCUUUUUGUUGCUCUGCUCCCAGGAGAGUGAGGGUGAUGCAAUUGAUUAAAACAUUUUGUUCUA